AUGGCGCAGAAAUGUGUGCACAAAGGAUGCGGCAAAGUCUUUACAGAUCCAGAGGAAGAAUGUGUCUAUCAUCCUGGACCUCCUGAGUUUCACGAAGGACAAAAAGGCUGGAAAUGCUGCAAACCCCGAGUUCUGACGUUUGACGAAUUCCUGGCCAUCCCACCCUGCACGACGGGCAAGCACUCGACCGUUGACGACACGCCUGCGCCGGCGGCGAAAGCAGAAGCGGGCAUCGACGCAUCUAACAUUGUCGCCGCGGCUCCAGUCCCUGGCCCGGUACCGGUGACGAAACCUAUUGCGACCAGUCUCGCUGCCGUGCAGCAACCUACCACUCCCUCCACGACGCCGAAGCCCGAGCCUCCGGAAGACGAGUCAGACGAUCCCGACGCCCCGAUCCCGCCGAACGCUACGUGCAAGAGACGGGGUUGCGGGAAGUCUCGAGACGACAAAGUGCCCCGCGACGAGGAGGAGUGCAUAUACCAUCCUGGCGUGCCCAUCUUCCACGAAGGCAGCAAGGGGUGGACGUGCUGUAAGCGCAGAGUCCUCGAGUUCGACGAGUUCAUGAAGAUCGAGGGCUGCAAGACAAAGAAGCGGCAUUGCUACGUGGGCAAGGCAAAGAAGAAGAAGCAGAAGACUGCGGCUGACGGUGGCGCGGCUAACGACGACGACGAAGACGGAGAGGAAUUGUUGCCCACGGUGCGCAACGACUUCUACCAGACCGUGGGCAGUGUGAUUGUCAGCUUCUACCUCAAGAAGAUAGACAAGGACAGGGCCAAGGUCGAGUUCAAGGACAGCGGGACGGAGAUCGACCUCGACCUACCCACGAGCGACGGGAAACGGUACAAGAGUGUCCUGCCGCUGUUUGCAGAGAUCGUACCUGAGAAGAGCUCGUUCAAGAUUAUGGGCACAAAGCUGGAGCUGGAGCUUUGCAAGAAGGAUGGCACGAGUUGGUCGACGUUGCGGAGUGACGAGCAAGCGUCAGGUACCAGGAUCCAAAUUGGACGGGCAGGGAGAGUGUAG